UCCUGAAUAAACACAAAAUGGCGUCGAUACCAAAUAUUGAAACUAGAUCUCCACUGACAAUACUGAAUAAGUUACCAAAGGAGCACGAAAAAGCUAUAAAACAAGCAUUUUAUAACACGGCGGCAAACCUUUUCGUUUUAUUUGCUUGUGCAGCCGCAAUUGCAGUGUACUUUAUUCUGGAAGCCUUUUUAAAGCCCUUAUUGUGGGCUGUUUUAUGUGGUGCUUUUCUGUAUCCUUUUAAAAACACAUUGACAAAAUCCUUGAGAAACUGGUUGACAAACUUGCACAAAGCAGAAACUCCAUUUGUUGUGGGUGUGAUUCUUACCCCAUUAAAAUAUGCGGACAGUGCUAUAGAUCUGGUGUGCAAUGCAAUGUUCUCUCGACUGAAAUUGAUGCUGUGCAUUUGCAUUUCGGUACCCGCUGUUUACCUGCUGUGGCAUUUUGGGCCACUGUGGGGCAUGUUCUAUGUUGUGAAGGGAAUGCUGGUGUUCCUGUAUGAUCUGCUGGAGUAUUUUGGCAGCUUCUGGAUAUGGACGCUAUUUGCUGCAUACUUGGUGGCGAUAGUUUUUUUCUGGAGUUCUGAAACCAAGGUCACUUUGCAGUACAUGUCUAUCCCUGUCUGGAUCAUCAUCAUCUUGCAUGUAGCUGCCACAGCCGGCAUAUUGCGGGUGCCGCUGUUCCUGUUGAUGGGGGUGGGUAUUGUGGUUGGUCUGGUGGCCGAGACAAAUGAGGCCCGUAAGCAGCAGGAGCAGGCACCGGAAUCCCACAGGAAGUCUGUGUUUGGGUCAGCGUUGAAGGUGCUGCUGGGAGAGACCCAUUCUCAACCACAACCACAUGUCAGGGAGGGGAUGGAGGGGGAAACGGAAUCAGUGACUUCAGACAGGAAAACACCCCCAGGAGAGAAUACUGGAGCGAAUACACCCCUUGCCAAAAUUCAGCCUGGUACAGACAAGUUUAAACAAGAUGUAACAAAACCGAGCUCAUUAGACUUUCGACCAGUAGAUGUCAUACGAAGACCAAAGCCAAAACACAGUAACCUCGUGUCACCCACGGAAUCCAAGAAAUCUGCGAGGUCCCUUAGUGACCAAUGCUUCAUUGGGUUGCUAUGGGCGUUAGUCCUGACUCGACUGUGGAUGCAUAUUUGGCUCAUCAGCAUCUUACUGCCAGUACCCGUGGGCUUGUGGAUGAUAAAGAAACUUAGUAUCAAGUUGGGGAGUCCGGAGGGUCCACUAGGUGUGCGGGUACAGCACAUGCGUUGCAGGCUGGUGGACUGGCUCCAAGAUCGCAAGGAUGUCAUCAUGCCCAAGUGGCUGAGGGGCGUGGCCAGACUGGUCCUCAAGGGAGACCAAAAGAUUAUCCUGCUGCUGGAGUCGUCCCUGGACAAGAUAACCAGUAUCGUGUUCAUUCUGCUUCUCCUCAUCUGCAGUUUGCUGUUUGGCGUCAUCUUUGCUGUGCAGGUACAGCAGGAGAGCAUGUACCUCGUGAAGACCACCAGUAAUCUGCUCAACAACACCCUGCAUCCUGAAAUGGCAAAUUGGCUGCCAAAGAAUGAGGACCUCCAGAAAGCCCUGGACUCCAUGGUGGGAAAUGCAUACCUCUACGGCCGUAACUACAUUGCUCACAAGGUUCGAGACCUUGUGAACGGUCCUUCCACGGACAGUAACUCUCAGAUAGAGAGUCAGGUACUUGACAUGUGGGACAGACUGUACGAGAGCUGGCUGGCCAGGCUGUAUUCAAAUGGAUCGGACCAAUGUGUGGUGUUCUAUUCUUGUUUAAAGCUGCAUUCAAACGGAUCCGAAAUUCUGUCUAAUCCAGUAGAGAACUCUACCAGUACAAGCUUGGCAAGGAAAGGCCCAGAGUUUUCAUUUGAUAUAACUAACCUGUCGUCAAUUUGGGAUGUUAUUACCCAUGGGGACGGUUUCAACUUUGGAGAUAUAAUCACAUUCGUUAAGGAAAACAUUGGAACUUUUAUAUCUGUGCUGGAGUCAGUGUGGGCGGUGCUGAAGGGCAACAUGAACCUUGUGAUCACCGUGUUCACCUCCACCCUCUCCCUUGUGUUUGGGGGCGGUACGGCACUGCUGAACUUCAUCCUCUCAUCUGUGAUAUUCCUGACCACCUUGUUCUACCUGCUGGCAUCCAGUGGUGACCAAUACAAGCCUAUAGCCUGGUUCUCUGCAAUGAGUCCCACCACUGGGGGGAAUACCUUUGGUCAGGCGGUUCAGGACGCAGUGGGCGGUGUGUUCAUGGCAUCUCUAAAGAUGGGGGCCUUCUACGGUCUGUACACCUGGUUGACUCACUCAUUGUUCGGAGUAAACAUCGUCUUUAUUCCAUCAGCGCUGGCUGCUGUGUUUGGAGCAGUGCCGUUUGUGGGUGCGUACCUGGCUGCCAUACCGGCGGUGUUGGAACUCUGGCUCGUGCAGGACAGGUUUGCACUGGCCAUGUGUCUCCUGGUGAUACACUUCCUGCCGACGUACGUUGUUGACACUGCCAUUUACAGCGAGAUCAAGGGGGGUCACCCUUACAUGACGGGCCUUGCUAUAGCUGGAGGGAUGUACUGGCUGGGACUGGAAGGGGCCAUAUUUGGGCCCAUCAUUCUUUGCUGCCUUAUAGUGCUGAUCAACGUGUACGGAACCAUGAUCAGACCGGAAUCUCCUGGGACGUUUGCAAGGUCAAAUAGUGUCUACUGAAGUCACCAGCUCACAUUUUUAUCCCGUGCUCACAUGUGCAAUAUUAGAUUAUAUUCCCCCAUUGGUGCAAAAAGACACCAUGUGCCAUGAAAUUUAAAUAACACAUGGUACCUUUUUGCACAGAUGGGGCUUAUUAUGAUUGUAUGACAUUACUCUGAUUAUGUUUAUGAUACUUAUAAAACCCUAGUUAAUAGAUUUGAUAGAUAUUGCAAUAUUUAUGUGCAUUUAAGACUUUUUUUAAUUGAAAUAAAAGUUUUACCAUUUAUCACUUAGAUAAGAAUUUUGACGCUUGUGUAGUUCCUUAGAAAGUUUCAUUUAAUAAAAGACCGUUUCUUACUUAAUUCAAGUUUUAAAGGCUUCAUUUCCAACAGCAUAAAGCCUGAACUAGAC